CGGCCGAGGGCCUGCACAGCCCGCGCUCCGCUCCCGCUCGCCAUGUGUCACUCUCGCAGCUCUCUCCCCACCAUGACUGUCCUGCGGGCCCCGAGCCCCGCCCCCUCCGCCAGCCAGGGACCCCGGCGGGGCUCCGGCCCCGAGAUCUUCACCUUCGAUCCUCUCCCGGAGCCCGCGGGGGCUCCCACGGCGCGCCCCAGCUCCUUCCGCGGGCCCCGCAAGCGCAGCCGCAGGGUCCUCUACCCUCGAGUGGUCCGGCGCCAGCUGCCCGCUGAAGAGCGGAACCCCGCCAAAAGGCUGCUGUUCCUCCUGCUGGCCGUCAUCUUCUGCCAGAUCCUGAUGGCCGAAGACGGCGUGCCCGCGCCCCUGGCCCCGGAGGACGCGCCCGGCGCCGCGGCCCCGCCACCCGCCGCCGCGCGCCGGUCUUCGUUCGAGCCCCUCAAUCUGACCACCGAGCCCUCGGACUACGCGCUGGACCUCAGCGCUUUCCUUCAGCAGCACCCGGCCGCCUUCUAACCUCGACCCCUCCGUAGCGAAUCCGAAACAACCGAGAAACACCAGAGUACCUGGUGCGCGAGCGCGUAUCCCAAACUGGGACUUGAGGACUCGAACUCAGCACACUACAGCGGCGACGCCGGCCGGGACCAGCCCCGGGGGGAGCGGCGCGCCGUUAAUUUAUUUCUCGUGGUCCUAAUUAAUAUUUAUGUGUAUUUAUGUCCGCCCUCCUAAGUGAUGGAGGGUGUCAUAUUUAUUUAACUUAUGCACGGGUGCGGGUGUGCGCCCUGCUGCGAACGCAGGUCUCGCUAUUUAUUGAGCUACGUGGGAUUGCGGAGGCGGCUGCCUGCCCCCCCGCAGUGGAAGGUGGGAGCAGCGGGGGCGCCGGGAGGGCGCCCGGGGUGGUGGCGGGUCUAGUUUAGGGGUGACACUCUGCGCCCUGCGGUGUCUCAGCCCCGCGGGUCUCCUGUGUGAGGCUGGAGCGGACCUUGGGAGUACGGUCCGUGGCCCGGAUCUGGGAGCUGCCGGGC